UGUAAAAUUGCAAUAGAAGGUUCUAACCAUCCUCAAUUUCUAUACUUGGUGCAGAUGGUGACAAAAAUGUGGGAACAAGUACUGGCCCAUGGACCACACUUUGAGUAGAGCUGGCUAAGACCAGGGCAACAGUAUUUUCUGGUUCCCAGUAAUUAUUUCAAGGGUGUUCUUAUGACCCGAGCUAGUCCCAUUCACCUGAAUUUUGGGACUUAAUUGAGAACACUGGGACAACAAUUCUCUGUUUUUCCUGGGUGGAUGCCAUCUUGGGACCCCAAAUCUAAAGCUGGGGCUUUCAAAUCCCUUAGAGGAAGCUCUAUGUCUCUAUGGAGACAAAAUGGAAAAUUCAGCCCCCAUCCUGGAUCAUUCUCUCCCUGCUACCUCAACUGUGGGCAAGGAAGGACAGGGAAUCCCAGCAAAAUCACCGCGUCCUAUCAACCAUGGGCUUGCAGAGGAAGUUCAGAAAAUGAAGGAUGGCAGACAGAUUCUUCAACCUAUCAGACAUAGCAGCAUAGGCAAAGCAAGCCAGACACAGACUGUACCAGCCAACAGAUGGCCCUCAAAGCAGCCUGCAAGGCAAGCUGGCACCAGGCACGAGCCAAAGGAUAAGACCGUAAAUCCCAGCGAUAGAGUCAAGAUGCAACAGGACAAAAUGGUGGUGAAUCCAGAACCUGUUUCUGUGCCCAAAGUGUCCAGGGAGUUAUUCAGGGUUGAGGAGCCAGAUGGGCGUCAAUCAAAACCUAGAGAUAUCUUGACAACCAGCCAGCCAGGAAGCCCCCAAAUGAUAAAUGUGAAUGUAAAUAAGGACAAACGUACUGUGACCAUUAAAAGCCACCCAGCAAACACAUCAAUUCCCCAGGAUCCUAAUUUAACAGAACGGCUGUAUAAGGAAUUAAAGCUUAAAUUGGAGCAAAGACAGCAGAGAUGGGCCCAGAGCAAAGACAACGACCUGCCCCCCUCGACUUCCAAGGCCUCCCUGACUCAUGACCAGGAGGACUCCAGUGGGGACAUGGGAGCUUCCCAGGUGCUUCACGUCCGUGUGCAGGACACAGGAAUUAGGAUGGAACAGCAGCAGGAUACUUGGGUCCCUAAGCAAGUCUUAAGGAAGCACCAGCACAAGAAUCUCCCACCAGCUACAGAGACAGUGAGCCCUCUGUGUUCCAAAGCACAAGAGUUUGGUGGAGGGGAUGCAGGGUUGGGGACAUCCCAGCCUAUAAGGAAGAGUUGCCCUCCCCGGGACGUGGCACUGGCGGAGAAGCCUGGGAGCCAAUCCUCCCGCACCCUAUCACAGAAAGGUCAGCCUCCCCCUGAAAGCCUUUUUAGAAAAAAAGUGAAGGCGAUUUUACAAUGGCUUAAUCCUGGCAGAAAGUGCAAAAGACAAGAAAACUCCCAGGAAAAGGGCAUCCUGCCACGUGUGCAAAGCAGAGGCAUGGUUCAAGGUAGAGCUGCCUUUACUGGGAUGACCGAAGCUCAGAAACUCAGGAAAGAUGUUGGGAAGUUCUUAGAAGAGAAGAUGGGGCACCGGCAUGCUACAGAUAGCGCCUGUCCUCAACAGCCCCUUCUGUCCUCAGCCAAGUUUGGGAAAACUCGGAAGGAAGCACAAGUGCAGGCCCAGGCACAGCCUGCCCAGGGGCCUCCUCUCAGCUACAGGGCUCCCUCCUGUAAAGAGAGAAAUACCAAGUCCUGUCACCAAGAAGCCGUCUUUGUGGGCCACAGCCAUUCUCCAAGUAUUUCAGGGACAAGGACAGACACCCUCAGGAAGCUGUGGCACUUAAGGGCCAGCUGUUGUGUCAGAACCAUCACCUGUCUGAGCCCCACAGGGAUCCUGUGCCCCACACAAGCCCCACCUGCAGGCAUUAAGCUGGCCAGGGGCCUCCAGCCACUCUCACUCACUCACCAUAAAGGCACGGUGUUCAGAGAUCUGUGUCUAUUAUUUAGACAGAAAACCCUUCUCCAGAAUUUCCGGGGGGGGGGUGGAAUUUCUCCCCCCAAAUACCUUGUAAAGAAUAUUGAUUCUCCUCAAUAAAUAUUUCUCUAAUAC